GACUAUGGACAACCCCACACCCCAAAAUCCCCAAUCGCCGCGCCGCACUGCGACUGCGAUUCUCCCAAUCCCCGGUGGAUAUCGAUCGGAUUCAGAUGAACACUCGAUUCCGGCGGCCGGAGGUAAAUCCGGAGUCGAUUUUUUCGCAAAUCGCAGGUACUCUACGCAAUUUUUGUUCCUAAUCCCCAAAUCCCCAAUUGCCGCACUGCUACUGCGCCGCGUCUCGCCGGCCGAUUUGGAUGGCUGCGGGUGGGACGCAAGCAAUGAGGCAGUUCGUCUAUCUGGUGGUGAAGGGCUGCUACGAUCGCCGCCUGCGGUGUUGUCGCGACAGCUACAUGGCGGACACCUUCCACAUGCGCCGCAUCAACGUGUCCCGCUUCUUCUUCUACCCCGAACCGCCGCCGCCGCCGCCGCUGGCGAUGGUCGUCGACGCUCGGCUGCCUCGCCCCUGCAUCACCUUCUGCGCCCCCUGGGUCAUGCACUUCAUGCUGCUGGGCCGCAACAGCGACAAGGUGCUCGCCGUCGACCACAAGGGCCGCACCACCAUGUACGACCCCGCCGCCAACACCAUCCGCGCCGCGCCCACCCUCGCCCACCCCAAGAGACUCCCCGCCAUCUCCCUCCCCAUUGGUGACGACCUCUACAUCCUCGACCCGACCUCCUCCGACCACCGCUGCUUCGAGGCCCUCGUCUACAAGCCCGGCGGCCCCGCCCACGACUGGGUCACCACCCGUGGCCCCAUCGACCGGUACAACGACUGGCACUGCCAAUCUCUCCCGCCGCCGCCCUACCAUCCCUACUCCUGCAGCUUCGUCGGCGCAAACGGAGCCAUCGGCGGCUAUGCGGUGGUCGGCGGUGGCGGCGACUCAGCAGAGAUCUGGGUGUCAACCAACGACGGCAGCGGCAGCGGCACCUUCUCUUUCGACACGGCGCGGCGCGCCUGGACCAAGCACGGAGACUGGACGCUCCCAUUCCGUGGCCUCGCCGAGUACGUCCCCGAGUACAACCUCUGGUUCGCCCUCUCCUCCGGCUCCAACAACAACCAUCUCUGCGCAUUCGAUCUCGCCGGCGCAGCCGAGCCGCCGGCGACGCGCGAUUUCUGCCAAGAACUCAAGCCACCCAAGGACUGGAAGCUGGUGUCAUCCCAUCUGGUGCACCUGGGAUCCGGCAGGUUCUGCAUCGCAAGAUUCUUCGAAAAGCCGGUCAAGAUUCCAGUGUGCUGCGUCUGCGACAUGGAUACGCAGACGUACGGCGUCUUCACCGGCGUGGAGGUGAAGAAGCCGGGAAGAGGCCUACGGCUACGGAUGGUCAAGCACAGAUCAGAAUGUUAUCGCUUCGAUGACCACAUUAAGGAAUGGGUGCUGUAAUAUUUAUCUAGUCUUUUUUAGAAAGAUUUGUGCAAAUAGAUGAACUCAGUAGCAUUGGAUAUGCUGGUGCUUCAACACCUUGAACACUAGCACAACUUUUUAUCUCUAUCAAGUUUUAGAGGAGAACUCAUCUGUACCUUUUCCUGACAAACAAGAAGAUUUUUUAUUUUAUUUUGGAUGUCUCCUGAUAUAGGAGGCAAAGACUGUUUCAGUGUUUCUUUUUUCUGGGUUCAGAAAAAUCAGAGGAUUUAUGUCUCUUCUUA